AAGAAGAUAAGAUAAUAAACCACUUUUAUCAUAUUCGCUUAUCUUUUUUAAGUCGGUAACGUAAAUAGCCGAAUUUAUUAUAGGUUUAUUAGUUCUUCCACAAACAUGUCAAAAUUCUGUGCCAAUUUAGCGUUUAUGUACACGGAAAGACCGUUCCUAGAAAGAUACAAAUUAGCAAAAGAAUCUGGAUUUAAAGCUGUGGAAUCUGGAUUCCCCAGUGGAUUUACACAGCAACAAGUUGUAGAUGCAAAAAAUGCCGCUGGAAUCGAUCAAAUAUUAAUUAAUCUCUUUACAGGUGAUGUAACAAAGGGAGAAUUGGGAGUAACAGCCAUUCCAGGCAAGGAAAAUGAGUUUAAAGAGAGAUUCCAAACCACAUUAUCAUAUGCUAAAGCAUUAGGAGCUAAAAAGAUUCACAUAAUGGCGGGAAAAGUGGAAGGACCUGUAACUGAAGAUAAUGACAGGACAUAUGAAAACAACUUGAAAUUUGCGGCUGGAUUACUAGAAUUACAAGACAUAAUUGGUGUUAUUGAGCCCAUCAACAAGUAUUCAGUUCCAAAUUAUUACUUAAAUUGUUAUGAUAAGGCUCUGUCAAUGGUUAACAAGGUCAACAGCCCCAACAUAAAGAUAAUGCUUGAUGUUUUCCAUUUGCAACAUAUCAGGGGAGAUAUUACAAAUACGGUAAAGGAUUUAAAGGAGUUUAUUGGGCAUGUACAAAUCGCCCAAUGUCCAAACAGAAAUGAGCCAAAUACGCCUGGAGAAAUUAAUUAUAGAUAUAUUUUGGAGAUGCUUAGAGAGAAUGGUUAUAAUGAUUGGAUUGGGCUGGAGUAUAAGCCUAAAACUUCAGUCAAUGAAGGUUUAAAAUGGGUUAACGAAUUUGGUUAUAGAUUGUAUUGAUUAAUAUAGUAUUUGUUUUUUAUAAACGGAGUAUAAAUAAAAACC